ACCAUGGCCUGUGGGCGUGCCUAAGUGGUGUUCUAAAGGUUGGAUGUGUCUUCCGCUAAGGGGAAACUCUGCCGAAAUUUCGUGGACGCCGACACUUGUGAAAAUAUCGAGGGAGCUAAGUGUGGACAGCAAAGGGGAGCUGAAAUUCGUCAUUUCUCAAGGAGAAGAUGAAUGAGAGAGGAGGAGAUGCUAAUGGAAGAGGAGCUGUAGCUGAGAAGACAAAUUUGCUUGAUGAGGUAAAACCCCCUGGGAAGAUCAAGUAUGUGGCAGCAGCGUCAGGUGCUUUGCUCCCUGUGAUUGGUGUUGGAAAUGCCAAGGUUAAGGGAGCUAAUGGGGAGCUUAAGUUGGUGAAGGAUGGGAGCUUGAAGGGCUUGGAGGUGAAAGGGGGAGUGAAGGAGAUUGGGAGCUGCUCUACAUGCUUGGAGACCAAGUUCUCCAAGUUCCCCUUCAACAGCACUACAGGACCAGCCAAGACCCUACUUGCACUUGUGCACAUGGAUGUGGUGGGGCCCACAAGAGCCCCUUCCCUUUCAGGCAGCCGCUAUUUCUUGACAAUUGUGGAUGACCACACUCGGGCAGUGUGGGUUUACCCUUUGAAGAGCAAGGGGGAGGUGGCACCAGCUGUCCUUAAGGAGUGGAUGCCUAGAGCUCAGAGGGAAUGCGGACACAAGGUGAAGGUGAUCCGCAGUGACAAUGGUGGGGAGUUCAUUGGAGCUGAUUUUGAGGGGGAGUUGAAGAGGAAGGGGAUCCAGCAUCAACGGACAGUGCCCUACAACCCGCAGCAAAAUGGCGUGGCUGAGAGGUUCAACAGGACCCUGCAGGAGGGGGCACGCACUCUCCUUGGGCGUGCAGGGCUGCCUGAUCCGUUUUGGGUGUCUGCACUGAGGCAGGUCGCCCUUGUGAAGAAUAGGGUGCUGGCUACAGUUGGGGAUAAGGAGUGGAUCCCAUAUACCAAGUGGUAUGGGAGUGCUCCAGCUGUGAACAUGCUGAGGGCAUUUGGGUGCAUGGUGGUGUUUCAUGUGCCUAAGGAGAAAAGGGGGAAGUUGGAGGCUUCUGGAAGUUGGGGUGUGCACUUGGGGAUUGCAAAGGAUCACAAGGGGUGGCUGCUGUGGGACUUGACCACCCAGAAGCUGACUGUAUCAAGGGAUGUGAAGUUUCUUGAGUCCCUGUACUACAAGGAAUGGAAGCAGCAGCAACAGAAGCUUCCAUCUACACCACUCAUUGUGGAGGCAGAUGAGAUUGAGGAAGAUGAGAUCGCUCACUGCUACUGGGCACCAAUCCCUGAGCCCAAGACUCGAGAGGAGGCCUUGAAUGGACCAAAUGGGGAGAAGUGGAAGGCUAGUGAGGAUGAGGAGUUCGGGUCCCUGAUUGAGAACGAGACAUGGGACCUGUGUGACUUGCCUCCUGGGAAGAAGGCAAUCACUUCCAAGAUGAUCUACAGGCACAAGUAUGGACCUGAAGGGGAGCUGACCCGCUACAAGUCUAGGCUUGUGGCACGGGGGUUUCAGCAGACAAAGGGGAAGGACUAUAAUGAGGUGUUUGCUCCUGUGGGGAAAGGAACAACAUUGAGGGUGCUGUUGGCGAUAGCUGCACUCCUGGGAUGGAAGAUACGGCAGAUGGACAUUGUGACUGCCUUUCUGAAUGGGAUCAUUCUGGAGGAGGUCGUAGAGCAGAUGCUGGAGAUGCAGUUCAAGUGUUCCAAGAUGGGUGAGGUGAAGUACUACCUGGGGAUGCAUGUGGAGAGAGAUGUGGAGAAGGGUGUGCUGAGGUUGCAUCAGAGGAAGUACUGUGAGAGGCUGGCUGAGAAGUAUGGGCUGCAAGAUGGGGGAAAGCCAGCAACACCACUACCUUCGGGGUUUACAGUGGAGCCAUGUGCUGAUGAGGAGGUAGUGGGUGAUAGUGACAGGAAGCUGUUUUCAUUCGAUGGUUGGGUCGCUGAAUUAUGCUGCAAAUCAUACACGGCCUGACAUUGCAUUUGCUACAUCACGGUUGGCUAGUGUGGUCUCACGCCCUAGUCAUGAGCAGCUGGAAGCGGCCAAGAGGUUGGUCCGUUAUGUGAGUGCUACGGCAUCAGUGGGAUUGGAGUACAGUGGAGUGAGGCAGCGGUUGCAGAGAGGUGCUGCAGAUGUGAAGAGUGGAGAGAUGCUCUUGAGUUGCUAUACUGACACUAGCUUCAACUCAGUAUUUGUGAUGAUAGAUCUUGAGAAGAUCUUUCCGACGCAACAAGAAUCGCUUCAAUCGGAGCAAGAACGCGAAAGCUAUGAAGAUUCAAAGUUCAUGAGCUUGUGUUACAAUUGCGGCGGUUACAAAGUGAAGUUGUGGGGUGACUUUAUAUGGAGUUGGGACCUUUGGGGGUUGGGGAAAUUUGUCACUCUACUGUAACAGCUGCAAAUUGGUUGGGAACAACCAAGCUAGGUCGGCAAGGGUGGCCAACUUGGAUGGAUUGGUUGGGAAGGGACAAAUGUCA